UUUACAGUUUAGCAUUGAACUUGGUCGGGAGUUCGCGAAAAGAGCCGUGCGCUGCGUCGCCUUUGAUUCCUGUUCUUGAGGAGUAUUUGCUGCUAAAUAUGCUUUUUGCCGUGUGCUCCGUUUUUCUGUUCGCUUGCCUAACACUAGGUAGCGCCAGCCGUCCAUCCAAUUUUCCCGCCGAACUGCCGAUUUGUCGUUACGGCGACACAGAAUGCAUCAUCAAUGUGUCUCACAAGCUGGUGCGCCAAUAUGCGCGCACGGGCUAUGCACCCGCUGCAUUCCCACAGGUGGAGCCGUUCUUGAUUAAGCGCUUUGAUAUUUCGGAUGGACGCAGCGGCUCGCUGAGUCUCAAGUUGAACUUCCGGGAUGUAAAUGUGGAGGGCUUGUCCGGCGUCAAGUUCGACCGGGCCAUUGGCUUCGAGAGGAAUCCAUCCACAAGUAAGUUUGAAAUGUACGGCGCGUUCUCGAAAAUUGUGCUGCGUGGCAAGUACCUGGCCGAUGGACGCAUUCUGAUUCUGCCCAUACGCGGCGAUGGCGAUGCUGACAUCACCCUGCACAAUCCCAAGUUCUCGGUCAAGUUCAAGCCUGCCACGCAGGUGCGCAACGGACGCACCUACCUAAGCGUAGAUAAGCUCAAGGUCCUCGUGGAGCCACAAAAGAUGAACAUUAAGUUGACCAACCUCUUUAACGGUGACCAAGCAUUGGGCAACAAUUUGAACCAAUUCCUGAACGAGAACUGGUCCGAUGUCUGGAGCGAGCUGCAGCCUUCAGUACAUGUCGCCAUUGCGGAUAUCAUGAAAAGUAUUCUCGCUACACUCUUCAAACGUUUCGCCUACGAGGAUUUAUUUCUGGAGGAAUAAAAAAGCACCGCCCCCACUCUUUGAACGUGACAUAUCUUAAUAUAUCUAUGUAUAACCGUAGUCUAUAAGCCUUUAGCUAUUAACGUGUACGUGUGCGAGUAUUUUUCACCACAAAUAUGCUUCAAUGGACUGUUUUGCUUAAGCAACACUUACGAAUCUAAGCACUUUUAGAAUACCAAC